CAUACGGGCACUGCUAAUGUCCUCGAAUUCCUGUGUCCCUCCAUGUUUUUAUUCGGAGGUUAUUAGUCAGCGUGCUAUAAGUUUGUUUUUGACCUGGAUUUGUAUAUAAUCCUCUGAGACAUCAAAUGUGGACAAAAGGAAACUAUCCAUGAUGAAUUUGAAACCAAAAUGGCGGUAACUUAGAUUAAAACUAGGUGGGUGUGCUCUUUGUUUUGGUUUUCUGAUCCCGAUCGGGUUUGGAAAUGAACGAAGGAAAAUGACUGUCAUCGAAGACGAAGAUAUAUAACAGCGGAGAUCCGUCGGAAAAAAGAAGGCCUCGAAAAAUCGAGGACCUCUUGUGAUGGAGCUGUUCAUCGAAACACUAACAGGCACAGCCUUUGAACUUCGCGUUUCACCUUUCGAGACAAUCAUGUCUGUAAAAGCGAAGAUACAAAGGUUGGAAGGCAUCCCGAUCUCCCAUCAGCAUCUCAUCUGGCAGUCGGUGGAGCUGGAGGACGAGUAUUGUCUGCAUGACUACAGCAUCCACAAUGGUGCCACCCUCAAACUGGUCCUGGCCAUGCGGGGAGGUCCUAUCAACACUCGCCGAGUCCCGGUUGAGGAUACUGCUCUCAGGGAAAUGGCAGAGUAUAUGGAAGCCAAUCGUGAGGAGAUCCUGGACAAGUUGCCUGGCAACCGCCAUGUGACCCUCCUAGUUUUUCGGGAGGGAGAUCAGUUGAACUUCUUCCGUGUUGUAGACCGAGGUGAUGGGACACUCACACCACUUUCAGAGUCUCUCAGUGCCUCGGUGUACAACUUCAAUGAGGAGGAGGAGGAAGAUGACUCGUCGCCAAAGGAGAAGUCCGAGGAGAAUGACAAGAUGAAGCAGAAGGUGACACAGCUUCGCCUCAACAUGGAGAAGCUGACGCUCACCAAAAAGAAACCACCAAAGCCCCCUUCUUCAGGUCACUCCAGCCAUUCAGGUAGAGCCAGCAGUCGUCUCCGACUGCGCCAGUUGCCGAGCGCCGGUCGACCCUACAGUAACACCCUCAACAAGAACACAGUCCUGCCCUCUGUCGGCUGCACAUUCCCUGCCACCCAGGGUGUCUAUGAUGCAGACACUGCCAUUGUAGAUGUAGAUGGGGGGGCUGGUGCUCUCCUCGCCUCGCCGUCUGUGUCAUCAGUUGUAGCAGUGGCAGACAAGGCUGUGGAAACAUUGUCGACUACGACAGAUUCCAUGGACAAACUUGGUCAGCCUCUUCACAUCUUGAAAGAGGACAGUGCUCGAGUGUCACCCCCGACAGCUCUAUCAGAAGUAGGGGAGAAAACGUCAGUGGAUGUGAAUACGGAUGAAACGGUGAAAGUGGACGAUAGUGAUACCACUGCUAACUCUCUCGUGAACUCUGUUUUGAAGCGGGACCUAUACCGGUUGAGUAGCAUGACAGACUCCACGCGUUACCUUCCCUCCACUUCUUCUGCCUCACGGCGAAAGGACUUCACUUUUGAAAGUUUCAAGGAGUCAUUUCGACCUGCUACGUCCUCUAAGGACAAGGUCAAAGUGGCAGCCGAUCAUUCCUCUGAUAAUUUCAAACGUUCUUCUUCAAGCAAGAGAGACAUAAGUUUAGGCCUGCGAGAUUCCGUACUGCGACCCACCACCUCAAGUCGCUAUGGUGGCCUGGAUAUGAGAAGGAAGGAGUAUGCGCUGGAAAGUUUGUCAACAAGUGAAGCCAGGACAGUGUCUGGCAUACUCAGACAAGCCUCCAUAGAAAAAAUAGGAUCUUCUCAUAUCGGCAACUUUGUGUCUAGUGCUAGCAAGUCUCGUCUGAGUAACUAUUCGGGCUUUCAGGAAGGAAGGGUACCAACGCCUGAGGGAAGGUUAAUGUCGGGCCAUCUCCAGCGCCUCUCUGCGAGCCGAGAUGGUCGCCUUCUGUCCCCAACACACAGACUUCCUCCAGUCAAGGCCAAGAAGAAAGCAUCCAAAAGGUGUUAUGUGUGUGCCAAGAAGACCGGACUGGCUACAAGCUACCAGUGCAGGUGUGGCAACAACUUUUGUGCUACCCAUCGCUAUGCAGAGUCCCAUGACUGCACAUUCGACUACAAAACCGAGGGUCGCAAGCUUUUAGAACAAAAUAAUCCUGUUGUUAGCGCACCCAAAUUACCCAAAAUCUAAUACACAACCAUGUGUAGUAGUGAGUAUAGUAUUUUAUGAAGUACCUCAGACAUAUUUACUAAACUGAAUUAUACAUUUGCAGUUAAGUUUGACUAUAUCCUAAAAUUUACAACUGAAGUAAUGUUACAGUAUAUACAUGCUAGUAUUGUUUGCCUUGGUUUGGUUGGAUAUUAUGGUUUUGGGAAUUUGAAUGCUCCAAGAACAUAUUUCACAGAUACAUUGUAUCUGGGAUGGAUGGUAUGUUCUUACUUUCACAUAUUUGAAAAUGAGACCUCUACAGUAUUGAAACAAGGACACUGUGCUUUUAACAACCUCAGUGCUAUACAUGAAGUACCACUGGCUAUGUUAGGUGCUGUUGUUAUGACUAUCGGUUGACAUUACCAAACAUAGAAACCUUAUUGUUGUCUAGUGUAGAACAGUGCAUGCAUUCAUUACUCGUGUUGAAUUGUUAGAAGUGUCAUUUUCAAAUGUGUGAUGUGACCUGGUGAUGUAAGAUGCUGAGGGCCAUUCAUUGGUCGGGGAAUCGGUACAGAGAAUGUCUUUCAGUGGUCAUUGUGAUAUCAUCUAUAUUAUGUUUUAUAAACUGUCAUGGUUACAUGUAUAUGUUGGUACCAAGGAGAGGAAUGGUACACAUAGAAUAUUUCAAUAUUACAUUUCCAAACAAUCAUGCUGCGUUCCAUAUUUGUACUGAUAACAAAAUGGUUGUGAAUUAGGGCAUUUCAUUAGUAUGAUUAGAAGAGGCUGCUUGGGCGAUGCUUUGAUGAAGAGAGUUCAUUGAAGUUGUCACUUUCAUACGUUAUGGUAUGUUCAAAGUGUGUACCUAAAUCUAACUUUGAUGGAGUGGUAAUGUUUAUUUUGAUCACAGACAGUUGUUGGUUUUAAGCCUUUUGAAAUGUAUCUUCUCAGAGAUUUAUUUUUCAUUCCUUUUAGCUAGAAAUUAGCUAUAUAUGUCGUUGUCCAUUUUAGGACAUGAAUGUUUAUGAUACUGAUUGCAUGAGCCCAGAACAAUGGUGAAAUGAACUUCAUUAUCACUAGGCUAGCAGGGUGUUAUCUUGGGUGCAUUAUGCAUGGUCAAAUUUUAAUAGAUUCAAAACGGUGUUCAAUUAUUUUUAUUUCUAUAUUUUAUUACAAAAUGAUUGUUUUCCACAACAUUUAUAUUUUGCCAUCGACUUUUAUAAAGUUGUUAAGCUGUACAGGAAAUAUUUGUUUAUUGGGUGAAAUAUUUGAAAUCAAAUAGCUGAAACUCAUGGUGAAGUGUGAUUUUGUUGCAGGUAUUAUUUCAUCUAAAGAUAUGUGAUGAAAUAUUUCAACCAGUAAACAUACUGAAACGAUGGUUUCUUUUCCAAGAUCAAUAUCAUUUGUGCUUUUGGAUAAGCAUGCUUGUAUUUUAUCAUGUGUAUGCAACACUACGUUGAAGACAUUUAUUGGUUUUAUCUUUCUUAAUUAACUGAAAAGUUUUAUAAGAUUGAGGCACGGCUUUGAAUUUAUUUUAGAUUCCAUGUUCCUAAUCAUUUACUGUGACUAUAUACUGUAUGCCGAGUCAAGGACUGGAACACUACCAAUCACAACAAAUGCCAAGAUAAUGUGCAGGGUCGUCUUGAUAGUCCGGAUGUUUGUUUUGACUGGUAGUGAACUGCUGUUCAAACUAAACGUCGCCUUAAUCACAAUAUGGGUGUGAAAAUGUAGCAGCACAUCCCUGAUCGUGGAGAUGUUUGUUGUAUGGAAUAGUACACUUCUUUUCAAAAUAAAAUUCCCCUUAAUCAUAUGGGUGGGAAAACUUUGCACCAUGCCCCUGAUCGGGGUGAUGUUUGUUUUGACAAGUAGUACGCUGCUGUUCAAAGUUAACAUCCCUCAACAACGCCCAGGGUGCUAAGACUCUCUUGCCAUGGCUACAAUAGUGUUGACAUUUGUUUUGACCAGUAGUGUAAUGUGAGUGUCUCCUGAAUUCUGCUGUGUGUGUGAUGCUAGGAUUCUGGCUGUACGUUAGAGUGGCCUGCUACACCCGAGUGGUGUGUCGCCUGUAUCAGAUCAGAUCACAGUAACUGAUAUUACCUAUUUCUUUUCUUGUUUAUUUCGACUUACAGGGAACAUGUAUAUGUCGAAAGUGAUUUCUUUCCUUGUUGAUGCUCUGUUGUAUUCAUAUCUAUGAUAUCUUUGCUAUUUUCAAAUGAGUGCAUUCAAUACAUUCUGAUGAAAUGAUCAAGGUAUAAAUUGGAGGCAGCGAAAUAAGGUCCUUAUUGAAUAAUAUUCUUAACCCUUUGUGAAUGUCAGCAAAAUGAAAAUGACAAUACAGGUGAAUCACUUCAUUAUGAAUUAGGUUCUUAAACAGAUUUUAAGCAGAUUUUAAUCAUCCUGUUUUGGAAUAGCUGGUCUGUUGGAUUUGUUAGCUGCAAUGAGUGUGUGAAGUUACUUCUGAUGUAAUGAGAUGGGCCAUGUUGUCCUUGUUUAUUCAUGAUGCUUGUUAAGAAACUGGCUACCAAAGAUAUUGAUAUAUACAAGCGCUAGGUAUACCAGGGUUUAGGUGUGGGAUCAGCAGCCUUCGGCCAAACUCAGUUCUCUCCCUUUGACUAGGUAUAUCUGGUACUCUCUGAAUGGCAUCUUAAAAAGAACAUUCUUCCAGACUCUACUGUGAUUUGAUAUUGUGCACUAACAUGAGUGUGAAUAAAUUGUACAGACUAUAAA